UUUGUUAAUAAAAACAAUUUUAUUUCAAAUAAUUUAAAAAAAUUAUUGCAUUCCGUUACUUUCUAACUGUAAACAGUUAAAAGACCUGCUUAUGAUACAACCAUAACGGUGCAUUAACCUCCGGAGCUAAAUAAUUCAAGAAAUGGGUGUAACUAUCUACCAUUUUCCAUGGAGUGCACCUUCGAGGGCCGCGUUAUUAACCGCCAAAACAUUAGGAAUCGAUGUGGAUGUGCAAAUUGUUGAUUUGGUAGCGAAAGAACAAUUAAAAUCCGACUUCUUAAAGAUAAAUCCCCAACAUUGCGUACCCACUUUAGUUGAUGGCGAUUUUAUUUUAUGGGAAAGUCGCGCUAUUUCAGCGUAUUUAGUUAAUUCUUAUGGAAAGGAUGAUAGUUUGUAUCCUAAAGACAUAAAAAAACGUGCUGUUGUCGAUCAACGUUUACAAUUUGAUUGUGGAACAUUAUAUCCAAGAAUAAGGGCGAUAUGUUUUCCUAUAUUGUUUUUGGGUGAAAUUGAAGUUCCUGAUGAACUUAAAACAACCUUAGAUGAAGCUAUAGGUUUUUUGGAUGUUUUUUUGGAUGGAAAUAAUUUCGUCGCUGGGAAUUCUCUUACUAUAGCUGAUAUUGCAUUGGUUGCUUCGCUUUCAAGUAUUGUGGCUGUUGGAUGGGAUGUUUCUGCUUAUGGUAAUGUUUCUACUUGGCUGGCUAAAUGCUCUUUGGAAAUUCCUCAUUACUCCGAAAUCAAUCAAAAAGGAGCUGAUUUAUUUGGAAAGGCGGUGAAGAGUAAAAUGGCACCGGGACAAAUUUAAAUAAAAAAUAAUUAAUUGUUUAAAUAAAAAUAAUUUUUCUAUUCGACAAGA